AUGCCGGUGGUGGACAUCCACACGCACGUCUACCCCCCCUCCUACAUGUCCCUCCUCCGCUCCCGCAACACCGUUCCCUAUGUACGCACCUUUCCCGACGCUCCAGAUACCUCACGCCUAAUCAUUCUACCCGGAGAAGAUGAUCCUGCAACACCGUCAACCGCCCGCGGCAGGCCCGUAGGACCAGAGUACUAUGACAUCAAACAAAAAAUCUCGUUCAUGGACACCCACGGCAUCGAUGUAUCUGUCAUCUCACUCGCAAACCCAUGGCUUGACUUCCUAGACCCGAGUGAAGCAGGCGAGACCGCAAGAAAGAUCAACGACGAAGUCAACGAGCUCUGCGAGCAGCAUCCCGGAAGACUGUACGCAUUCGGUGCCCUCCCUCUCUCAGCUCCGGCCGAGGUUGUCGUGGCAGAGAUCGAGCGGUUAGCCGGCCUUAGUCGCAUGCGAGGCAUCAUCAUGGGUACUUCAGGGCUUGGAGAAGGACUCGACGAUCCCUCUCUCGAUCCCAUCUACGCAGCGCUCGAGAAGCACCAACAGCUUGUCUUCCUGCACCCGCACUACGGACUCCCAUGGUCUGUCUACGGGCCGCGCGCGAACGAGUAUGGGCACGUGCUGCCGCUGGCACUUGGGUUUCCGCUUGAGACGACGAUUGCGGUGACGAGGAUGCUUUUGUCUGCUGUCUGGGACCGGUUCCAGAGCUUGCAGGUCCUGAUCGCGCAUUCGGGCGGCACGCUGCCCUUCCUGGCGGGCAGGAUUGAGAGCUGCAUCCUGCACGACGGUCAUCUGGCCAAGGACGAAAAGCUGGAAGGCAGGAGAAGCGUGUGGGAUGUGUUGAAGACGAACAUUUAUCUUGAUGCUGUGAUCUACUCUGAGGUCGGACUGAAAGCCGCAAUCGAUGCGAGCGGCAAGGACAGGCUAUUGUUUGGUACCGACAACCCCUUCUUCCCGCCACUGGGUGGGGAGACCGAGUGGUUGAGUGUGAAAACCAACUACCGAGCCAUCACCGGCGCUUUUGGAGACGACGCAGACGGAGCGAAGGGUGUCCUGGGAGACAAUGCUAUCCGAAUAUUACGUCUGAGCAGUUAG